AUGAUUGGAAAAGGACCUAAAGCAGUAGAGCUAUCAGGCGAUAUCGAGUUUAUCAAGACUCCCGCAGCCAAGGCCCCUGCAUUUGGGACUGGCGAGGACUGUGGGAUUGAUAUAAGCAAUUCUCCAGCUAUUCACAACGCACCCCUUCCAGCUGAUGGCGCUGGCAACGAAAGCUUCUCUAACCUCCUGCUAGCGGCCGCGCUCGUCGGAAUCCCGGGCCUUGUCACUUUCAUGUUGAAUGGUGGAAUGAAAACCUUUGUCGCCAUUUUCCUACUUUUAGUCUUCCCGAUCUUGAUCGUCUUCUGGACCUGGACUUCCUCGUGCAGUCCCCCUACCAACAACAAAGCCAAGUUACCUGGUCGGCCUAUCGAGCACUAUGUGACAUUCAAACGCGAAGGGGACCGGUCUAGGUGGCAUGGAAAAAACAAGAUACCCCUCCAGACUUUCGCAGAAAUGUACUUGGAUGGCUUGGUGGAUUUCAACGGCGAUGUACUUGAAGUCAUGGAGUACCGACAUGAUUGGGCGAGUUUCGCGUUUACCUGGCAAUUGUUCAAGUUUAUCAUCUUCACCUUCUUCGUCGACGUCGUCUUUCACACAAAGGCCCAAGAUGAUGAACAGAUUCGCCCUAACUACGAUCGCGGUAACGACCACUACGCGUGGUUCCUCGGUCCUCGCAUGAUCUACACAUCAGGGAUUAUCUCGGACCCAACGCACGAAGAAAGCCUCGAAGAAAUGCAGGACAACAAGAUGGCCAUUGUUUGUGAGAAAAUUGCCCUCAGGGAAGGUGAAACAAUGCUUGAUAUUGGAUGCGGCUGGGGAACUCUAGCCAAGUUCGCCAGCAUAAAUUAUGGCGCCAAAGUGACUGGCUUGACUAUUUCAGAGAACCAGACUGCUUGGGGCAAUGAUGCUCUCCGAAAGGCUGGUAUCUCCGACCAGCAGAGUCGCAUUGUCUGCAUGGACUACCGCGAUAUCGCACACACAAAGUACGACAAGAUUACGCAGCUCGAGAUGGGUGAACAUGUUGGUAUCCGAAAACUGACGCGGCUUUUCCGCCAGUGCUAUGACAUGCUCAAUGAUGAUGGGGCUAUGUACGUGCAGCUUUCUGGAUUGAGACAGGCCUGGCAGUACGAGGAUUUUAUCUGGGGUUUGUUUUUGAACAAAUACAUUUUCCGUGGCGCGGAUGCUUCUACACCUUUGUGGUAUUACGUCAAGUGUCUGGAACAAGCUGGGUUCGAGGUCAAAGGAAUUGACACCGUCGGUGUCCACUACUCGGGAACGCUCUGGAGAUGGUACCGCAACUGGCUUGGGAAUUUUGAAGUAAUCAAGGCCAAGUAUGGUCAAAGAUGGUACAGGAUUUGGGAACUCUUCCUCGCCUGGUCUGUCAUUGCGUCUCGGCAAGGCUCAGCUACCUGUUACCAGAUGGUUGUCGUCAAGAAUCUGAAUUCGACAUGCCGCAUUGAUGGAGUAACUACUCAGUUUGGCCUGGCCGGUGCCCUCGCUACCAGCAGAGAGGCAGGCAAGUCCCGAUUGGCUUGA